AUGGAGUUCAUCGGCUUGCAGAUGCUGGUGACACUGAGGCAGCCUCAGGGUACGAUGCUGAAGGGCACUGUCAGCGCUAUAGAGGCCGGUACCAGUCUCACACUGAGUAACGUCUUCACUCUCGGGACAAACCAUUGGCUCCCAAGAGUCAAUAUCGACGCUGCCAACAUCCUCGAGCUUUCCGAAUUCAAAGAGGAUGCUGCACCCAAUACAUUCACGGCGCCGGGCGUCAGUCCCGUCCCUGCGCCUGUUGUCAAUCAGCCUGCGCAGCCGGCCUUUGCGGACCCCGCCAUUCUCAGUAUGGGAAAAAGGCCUGACUCUGGUAUCAUGAGUGGGAGCGAAAGCCAAACACUGCCGGAAGCUGUUCCUCAACCGGCUGCAGAGGCAACAAGGGACCUUCGGCCGGGGCAACCAGGGGUUCUGUCUGGUGUCCACCUGACAGGAGGGCUGAGAGACGACAUUGUGAGCCUGAGCGAGACCUUGCAGGAGCUGGAGGUGGAUGAUUCGACGCCCAACGCGAAACGAAAUCCUGUGGAAAACAGUGCAGUAUCGCAGGAUGCCAGUGAGGUACAGGGUCAAUCACAAAAGAAAGGCAGUAGGCGGCGAGCGAAGCAAAGAGCUCGUAACGGCGCAACGGAAGAAACGAUACCAGAAAUCACGCCGAUUCGCGGCAACGCAGCUAACCGGGGGAAAGGCUGGAGGCAAACUCCAAUGCUGCAAAGCUCACCUUCCUUUCAGCCCUUCAACUCGCUGAAACGGGGCCUCAAAGGGAAGAAAGACCUCCCCGAAAAUGGAUGGGCCUCGGAGGAUGUCACAGAGGACAUGGUUGAGUUUGAUUUCGAGAACAACCUUGCAAAGUUUGAUAAGCGAACGAUUUUCGACCAAAUGCGCAAGGAGGACUUGGUUGAUGAGGCAGAUCGACUGGUUUCGCACAAUCGCCUACCCAAGCCAGGAACGGCGGGAGGGAAGAACCUCCAUUACUCUGAGAACGUCCUCGACCUGCCAGCUGCGUCGGCAAAGACGAGUCAAGAUUUCUGGAAUAGCGAGGCCGAUGAUGCCGCUAAUGGAGUUGAUCGACUAAGCGGCCGUGAUGUCCGGAGUGCUCAGAGUAGCCGCAGGGCGGAAAGCAAACCAGGGGCUUCGAGGAGGUCGCAAUCGCGGAAAGCGAGCGCGCAACUCACCAGUCAGCCCCUGAAUCGCGUCAACUCCAACCACGUCACACAGUCCGGAUUCUAUCUCGAACCGUCAAAUCGACGCCUGGAGACCGUCUCGGCUCUUCAGAUGCUGAACCUUGAAAACAUUGCAGCCAACGAGAUCGGACUCACGGAAGAUAUGAUGGCAGAGAACGCAGGGCGAGGAAUCGCCGAGGUUACACUGCAAGCUCUGGAGGACCCGGCGAUCCAAGUCCGUUUCGGUACGGGUGGUGCAAACGCUCAGAACAGCAGUUUGUCGGCUUCUGCGACCGUCGUCAUCCUGGCUGGCAACAACAAAUCCGGAAUACGAGCCAUUGCGGCUGCUCGCCACCUGCGCAAUAAGGGUCUCAAUCUCCUGGUCUGUGUGGUUGGCAUCGAGCGUGAGCGAGAUUUGCUCGAAGACAUGCGACAGCAAGUGAGAAUCUACAGAAACUUUGGGGGUCGCGUACACAACAAGAUCGAGUUGUUCGAACAGCUUCGCAAAACAGCCUCUACUCCAGCAACAUCGGUCACACUCAUCAUCGACGCUCUUCUGGGCCUGGCGAUCUCUUUCGAGGAGCUGCGGACUGGCGACCAAGCCACCGUGUACGAGUUGAUAGAAUGGGCCAACCGAAACGAGGCUUUCGUUCUCGCGGUCGAUGUUCCAACCGGCAUCGACCCAUCCACCGGAAAGGUCAGCAUCAUUGAUGGCGGGCGUUUGUACGUCAAGCCUCGGUACGUGGUGGCGAUGGGCGCACCAAAGAAGGGAUUGCUAGAGGCGAUGGCGCCUAUCUCGGACACCGACCCUUCGAAUAUUCACGGUGCUGGAGCGGCUGAUGGCCAUGCCGCUGUGGCUGAAGACGAAGACUGGAAGCUAUUCAUUGCCGACAUGGGUCUCGGCGCGACCGUAUGGAAGAAGGCGGGUACCAAGAUUCGGAGAGGCAUCGACUUUGACGAUAAGUGGGUUCUCCAAAUGCGAUACCAGCCAGCACUUUCUCAGGAGCAAUGA